AUGUUGCCCUCAGUAGCACCUUUCCCGCCAGUUCAACCACAUCAUAUGAAUCAUCAUUAUCACGGGGCUGACCCAGUUGAUGGCAAUUACGACUUUGACACGACGCCCUUCGCCGCCACGCUUCCUCACAAUGACAUGAACAAGUUCUCUUUCCACUCGGUUCCCCGCACUCGACUACAAUAUCAUCCAGUGCAGCGCCUUGAUGUUCACGACACGACUGGCAUGGUACUCAGCCCGAAGAAUCCUGGAGAGCAUGCACUGAGGAGGAAGACACCGAAUGGGACUCUUGCGGCUGGUUACGAUGGGACGCCCGGGGAUACAACGAUUCAGCCCCCGGCAUCCAAGCAUAUUCUCGUUUCGCCUCUAGAAUCAGGUCAGAUGGUAGCUCCUCAAACGGGCUUUCCCAUGGACACCUGGCCGCAGCUCUCUUUAGAACAGCCCUCCCAAGCGAAACCGAUGAACUUUCCGCCUGUGUACAAAAAUGAGUCGGGUAGGACCAACGCAGCUCCCGGGGAGAUGGUCCAGGGUGUGAAUGGGGCAAGCUGGGUUCGUUCGUUGAAUUACGUGCCGGGAAUAGACUCGAUGCUUAACCAAUCACUUCCGAUGCCGGGAUCUCAGCAGAGAUUCUACUGGCAUAACGGCGCUUAUGUUCCAACGGUUUUACCAGCGACUCUUCAGCCGUGCCUCGGUCCUACAGCAUCGGCAGGUACGGGGCCAUAUGGUCCAUAUUGGCCCGAUGGUGUAUAUAUUCCAUAUCGUCCAGCGGCCUUUCGAGAGCCCCGGUACAACUCCCCUAAUUCGUUCGCAAAACAAGUCAACCCCUCGGGUCUUCAGUUCUUCGAUGCAGGGCAGCGGCCGUUCAACCAUAAUCCAGUACCAUCAGGCAGUCACACAGAUCUAGGUUCCAACUGGAGCGCAACGCCUGUAGGAAUCAUCAGUCACGACCCUUCCGUGAAGAACAACUUCCCCCCGCGUCACUCGGAUCAGAAAGCCCUCGAUACUUCUCAACGCACAUUACCGUACCAUACGCGUCCAAGCAAUCCAGGUUCUGCCUUCUCAUCACGUCAGCCUGGAAACGAAACCUACACACCAUGGUCGGGCGCCUCUAGUGGGCAUGGUUUUCAGGGCACAGGUACUACAGCUAAUUCUCGCGCAGUCAAUGUGGAGUUCAAAGAGAAAGUCUUGUCAUGGGCUCAUGGUGUUUAUGUCGAUCUCUUAGCUUCGAUUCACCAGGCUCGACGGAACAGCAUUUCUAAUGCAGGUGGUGAUCCUCAAAGCCAGCGGUUUUUGAAACCUAGCAUAUACCCCAAACCACCACGGCAGCCAGGAUUGGACUUUUCCCAGGUAAACCCACCGGAAAUUGGGCGCCAUAAAAGCUAUCCAUCGAGCCAAUAUGAUCACCGAACGAAAAACAUUAUCAAUCAUACCCCGCAGACUGACAGCCAUUCAGGCUUUCAGACUCAGCAGCAUCGGAAUCGUCCUUCGCUUAACCAUUUUCAACAGCAGAGUGACACGCAAAUGCUCGACAGGCUACGCCACACAGGCCGCUUCACAGUUCCAGUGGUUCCCCCCUUUCCUGCUGCACCUUUUGGCAACGAGAAUUCACCGUUAGCAAAUGCUCGCACCGCUUUAGACAUGCUUUCUCCACUGUGUAGUGAGAGUGGUUGGGAAUGGAUCGACGGUAUGCUGCUUGGCGGCUGUCUUGCCUAUGGUCUGGGCGACUAUCCAAAAGCUAUGAGAUGGUAUUUACGAAUCAUUUCUCGAGACCCACAGCAUGUUGAGGCGAUAUCGAAUCUAGCUGCCACUCUUUUGGCACUCGACCGUCGAGAGGAGGCACUAAACCAUUGGCUACGUGCUGUGAAACUACGCCCCAGUUUCUUCGAGGCUGUAGAGCAUCUCAUUGGUCUCCUGUGUAGCAGCCAUCGUGGAAAGGAAGCCGUCAACAUCAUCGAAUUUGUGCAGAAGUCACUUCGCUUUCCAAAGAAUGGUGACUGCUUUACGGCCGAUGAGCAUGCUAGCGAGACGGAGAGUGACGCAGAAAGUGGUGCCUCGAGUGCGUCGGAUCUCGGCUCAUACGAGAAAGCAUCGUUCGAUUACGAUGAUGACCUGAACAGAUCGGUUUUCACUAAUAAGCGGUCUGCAGAAGCCGGCUCCACUGGCUUUGGGACAAGCGGUUAUGCUAUCCCAGGCUGCGACAACGGUAGGAUGCUGGCUCUUGUCCAUGCUAAAGGUAAUAUGUUAUAUGCACUGGGUGAUAAUGCCGGAGCUGCGGUGGCGUUUGAAGAUGCAAUCCUGAUCGCCGCCGGCAGAAGACGACACGGCAUCCAAAACUUAAUAAAGCAGAUAUUUGCAGCGUUUUCGUACGGAUCGCGGCAUGACUAUCCUGCCCCAUCAGAACAGCAUAGCUCGAAUGAAACCAUUCUUCUUUAUCCGGACAAGGCUCUGCAAACCUCCAAACUGGUUUUCCCUUCAUGUGGGACGCCCCCCGGCCUCAAAUUUGUUGGCGAAGGUCUGGCAAGGAAAGCGGCAAUAUCCACCACAAGCAACUCCUUGCUCUCCCUGGCGAAGAUAUACCAGGAUGGAAUGUCCAGUAUCUCCACUGGGGGCGUGCCCAGAGCUGCUCCAGGAGUUCGGGAUAUACUGGCGCUCUACUACCUUUCGCUUUCUCUCCAACCGAGCCCGUCGACCGCAAACAAUGUUGGAAUUUUGCUUGCCGGCAUCCAAAAUAACGCAGCUAAAGGGCUACCUCGUUCUAGUGGUGAGAUGCAACAUCCCGAGAUACCUGGUGUGGUCUUUGGCAGUGGAGUGUCUCUGGCCCUGGCAUAUUAUAACUACGGGUUACACCUCGACUCUCGACAUGCUCACCUUUAUACGAAUCUUGGCAGCCUACUCAAAGAUAUAGGCCAACUUCAGGCUGCUAUUCGAAUGUAUGAACAGGCUGUCCAGUGUGAUAACAAUUUUGACAUUGCUCUGGCGAAUCUCGCGAAUGCAGUCAAAGAUGCCGGUCGUGUCAAUGAGGCCAUCACAUAUUACAAGCGUGCUGUCAAAGUAAAUCCGGAAUUCGCAGAGGCGGUCUGCGGACUAGCCAAUGCUCUUAAUUCUGUCUGCAACUGGGUCGGCCGAGGUGGUGUUGCCAACGGACAUGGCUUCCGGGAUCGGUGGCAUGUUAAUGAGCAAGGGAUGCUUCGAGACGCUUACAGUAUUGGCACCGGCGCUGGUUGGAUUAAGCGCGUCGUUGAUAUUGUCGAUCGGCAGCUUAAGGAAGGCGAAACCUGGGGCCGUGGCAUACUGACUCCCAACACAAUUGAGCAACUGUGCGCGCAGUUGGUUCCUGCAUUGGACAGCCGACGGUUUGCAUCUGGAUCACUCAAUGCUAUUCUCCAGUCAUGGGCGGGGCAGAAAUGGGAAGGCUCGAGAAUCGUCAAACUCGUUGAGCGCGCAAUACGAGCGAUCACAUGGCAGUGGUAUCAGGACCUUUAUGUCCAUCAGAAAGAAUAUCCCCUCUCUAAAUAUCGCAGACCACAGCUUCCCCCUGGGUUGUCUGCUCCCAAUGCUCCCACAGUGCUACCUUUCCAUACCUUCACGUGUCCACUUUCUGCGAAACAAAUCCGGCAGAUCUCACAGCGUAAUGGGCUUCGCAUAUCCUGUGCAACCCUUCGCUCUCCAUGGCUGCCAGCUACGGUGUAUCAGCCCCCGGCUCCACCAAACCCAUAUCUCAAAGUUGGAUAUGUAUCGUCGGACUUCAAUAAUCAUCCUCUUGCGCAUCUUAUGCAGUCCGUAUUCGGAUUGCAUAACCCGUCAAGAGUAAAGGCCUAUUGUUAUGCCACUACAGCAAGUGAUAAGUCGAUCCAUCGUCAGCAGAUUGAAAAGGAAGCACCGGUGUUUCACGAUGCUAGUGGAUGGUCUGUCGACCGGUUAGUAAAGCAGAUCGUCGCGGAUGGCAUCCAUAUACUCAUCAACUUAAACGGUUACACGCGUGGUGCACGGAAUGAGGUUUUUGCUGCACGGCCUGCCCCAAUUCACAUGUCCUUCAUGGGCUUUGCAGGGACGCUGGGUGCUGAGUGGUGUGACUACAUUCUUUCCGACACGAUCUCGAUCCCCCAAGAGACCCUCUCCCCAGGAGGGCGUAAUCUUAGCAUCGAAGACCGAGUGCUUGAGGAGAACCAUGGAGAGGACCAGGAAGAUUGGGUUUAUGGCGAAAAGAUAGUUUUCACCAGGGCCACGUUCUUCUGUUGUGAUCAUCGACAAAGCGCACCCGACUCCCAGGACCUACGGCUCGCUUGGGAGCAGGAACGAGAGAAGCGAUGGCGUAUGCGGAAGGAGCUGUUCCCCAAUCUUCGCGAUGAUGCCAUUAUCCUGGGCAACUUCAACCAGUUAUAUAAGAUCGAGCCCACGACGUUCCGUACGUGGCUCCGUAUACUGGCACGGAUUCCUAACGCCGUACUAUGGCUACUUCGCUUCCCGGACCUUGGUGAACAGAACCUCAAGGAAACAGCCGUUGCUUGGGCGGGAGAGGAAACUGCCUCUCGCAUCAUAUUCACUGAUGUUGCGCCCAAGAACACCCACAUCUCGCGGGCCAAAAUAUUGGAUCUCUUCCUGGACACUCCCGAGUGUAACGCGCACACGACCGCGACGGAUGUUCUGUGGAGUGGUACACCUCUCCUGACCCUUCCUCGCUACAAAUAUAAGAUGUGCUCUCGUAUGGCGAGCAGCAUCCUCAGUAGCGCCUUACCCGAUACCCCCGAUGGCCAAAGAGCUCGCGAAGAGUUGAUUGCCACAUCCGAUGAAGAUUAUGAAGAAAAGGCCAUCCGGUUAUGCCUAAGCUUGAAAUAUGAGCCUGGCAGUGAGGGCCGAGCAAGAGGCAGGUUGCCUGAUCUCCGGAGAAUAUUGUUUGAAGAAAGAUGGAAAAGCAAACUGUUUGAUACUAAGCGUUGGGUGCGCGAUCUGGAAGAUGCUUACGAACAAGUUUGGCAACGAUGGGUGGAUGGCAAAGAAGGAGAUAUAUGGUUAUGA